CAAGCAAGCGUCGAACAAGCUAUGUUUCCUUCGCCUGCAGAUGAUAUUCCUUACGCCCAAUAACUAAACCUGAUACUUGACCCGAGGAUCAUGCCAAUCAUUGGCUGUGUUUCAAUUCGGAAAUGACGGGAAAACUGACUGCCCAUCACCAACCCUAUUCGUUUCCCACCUACUUCUUCCUGCCCGUCGUCGCUACCUGAGUCUAUGGCACCCAACAAGUUUGACAUCCACCGUACCCCGGGUCAGAAGCCUGGCUUGAACCAAGGCGAUACGCCUUCGGAUCUAUCAAACAUCAACACCAACGUUCCCAAGCGUCAAUUAGAGGGUGCGAUGCUGACCUUCGACAGUUUUGUUCGAAAUGGGAAAUACUUUGGUGUGGAAGCUGUUGGGAAGCACCUGGUGUCGACGGACAUGUCAUUCGGCGAUGAAGAGGAUAAACCUGAUGUCCCUGAUGACAAGAAUAAACACUCAAGGAUGAAGUUUGCCGCUAACAUCGAUGUAUCGAAAGAUAUGUGCAAUAAAUUUGGAAUAAUGCACGGUGCUUGUGUCGCCUAUUUGAUGGACACGGUUACUACUGGUGCACUCGUUUCGUUAGAAGGGCCGCCACGAGUCUCCCUGAGUCUUAACAUCAGUUUUUACCGUCCCAUCCCAGUGGGAUCAAAAAUAAGACUGGUAGCAUACACUACAUCGGUUGGGAGAUCUAUUGCGCAUACUCGGGGAGAGAUGUGGGACCUCAAGAAGUCUACUUUGCUUGCCAGCUGCACUCACACGAUGGUUGACCCUAAGAGUGACAAUCCGCCACCAAUCGCUAAGUCGAAGUUAUAGAUUAUGGACGUUAGAUACGGGAUGAGCGUUUCCAUCUACCGGGUCUGCGAGAGAGAUCCCGCGGAUUCAAACGGAAUGUAUCAAUAUUUCUUAUGGACGAACGAGCUGUACGUUCUUUUCAUUCGGUACAGUUCAUUAUCCAUUGCAAUUACGAAGCCUUCGAAGCAUGUAACAAUGGAUAAGAAAGUGUAGUGUCGUGGUCCUAAUUGCGGUGCAUAAAUCGGCGCU